AUGAUGUUGACCAGAACGCUUCUUCGUACAAACCGUCGAGUUAUCUGCUCCGCCUUUGGUCGUAGGCUCAACCACAAUGAUGCUCUUUCCAAAUACAGAGAAAAGCUUGCCCAGAAGGCCAAAGAACUCGGAUUGAAUGAUGUCAACGAAUUGAAGACUAAGUUAAAGGACGAAAUAGAAGAAAAGAAGAAGGAAUUCAGCAAAAUUGAUCCCCUUCAAGAGUUAGAGGAGUAUGAGAGAAGACAAGCUGAAGAAAGACAAAGAGAUCAGGACUCGAAGACGAUAAACGUAAGAAAUCCCAUUGCCAAGGAUGCACCACAGGCUCCAUACAAGACCAUGAACUCGUACGUGGAUGUGGAGAAGGCCAAGGACCUCCCAAGAAAGGAGCUUGAAUUCUUAUGGAGAGCCAGGUUCCAAAACAAAGAGCGUAGUCUUCAUGCUGUGGUGGACAGUGUCCAAUUUUCCACCAUGUACGCCAAUGCGUUCAAGAAUCCAAGCUUCAUCCUUCCGUUGCCUAAGAAUGAGGAAGGCUACGAAAUGCACUUUGUCCAAUGGUCUUUCGUGGGCCCAAAAACUACCCACUGUAUGUUGACUACAGUUGCUGAGUACAAGCUCCAUAAGGAAUAUGCGAAGCCACAUACUUCUUUGAUGUUCCACCAAGAAUUUGCCGAGGACAAAGAGGUGGUUUUGAUGAACGGAACCGUCGAAACCGAAAGUUCGUUAACUAUGGACGAAGCCCAAUUGUUGGUGUUGAACGUGCAAAGAUUCUAUGGAGGGAUUGGCAAGAGUGACAGAAAGUUGGAAUUGUUGAGAGCUUUCACCACCGGCGAUCAAGAGUUCAACAUGGAAGACUUGAUUAAGGAAGCCACCACCUUUGAGUAG